ACAUGUCCGUCUGGCAGCCGCAGCACCCAGUGCCUCCUCCUAGACUCCUAUCCGACUCCCCCUCCCCUUAGACUUCUUGCCGUCCUUCUCCCAUGCUGUACAAAGGAGCAUCCCUCCCUAAGAACAACCAAGCGGCUCCGCCUGUCGACGAGUAGGUUUCUUGGUCGUCUCAUCCCCACCGCUUCCGUUUCGGCCCAAUUCCCAGUUUCCGCCACUCGCUCUCCGACUCAAUCGCGUCCUCUAGUAGCGGAACACGGGGCAUCGUCGUCGUCCCGUCAUGCCCAGCCCCGUUGUUCCGUUGACUCAAGUUUUCACACACCCCGCGACGUCGCGCCCCCAGGUAGUUCCGCCACCGCCUCUCCGUACUUCUGCUUCCGCCAGCCCCUGCAGCUGCUGCGCCGCCGCUCCCCGCGCCCACCGUCUUCUCGCGCUACCUCUCUUCCCGCCGCUCCCGCCUGGAUCGCAAUCUUCGCCACAUUCUUCGCGAAUUCGCCGCAUGACCACCGAUUGCGCUGCUUAUUAGAAACGAGCGUCGCAGCUCUCACCAUGACUCGCGACGACGGCGACGACGGCGACAAUUGCAGAGACGUCGCCAUGCUCGAGUCGCACAGCGCGUGGCGAAACAUGAUGGCGACGGUGAGGCAUUCCCCUCAUGACAGCCCCUGGCGCGACAUCAAAGGCUGGAUCGACGCCGCAACGCGGCAUCACGCGCCAGCAGUGCCGCCUGAAACCGUGGCCGCUGCGGCAUCGUGGCGACGGCAGGGGGAGAAGCCCUCAGGCUCGCUCUCGCUCGCCCUGCUCGGCCUUCCCUUCCUCCUCCUCCUCCUCGUCCUCUGCUCGCUCUUCCUCUUCUCCCUCAACCAAGCCGGCUCCUUCGGCUGGGAUAGAUAUAGCUUGGCCGCGGACGGUUAUGCUGACUACAGCGGCAGCAGCAGCAGCGGCGGAAACGGCAACGCCAACAGCAGCAGCACCACCACCAUCAGCACGAGCGGCGGGUACCGCCGCUCCCCGUUCCGCUCGCACCUGCACCACGCCGUCACUCUCAAAUGGCGGCCGGCGCGGGACGUGAGCGGCGGCAUGAGCGGCAGCGGUGGCAUGGGCGGCAGGGGUGGCAUGGGCGGCAGCGGUGGCAUGGGCGGCAGCGGUGGCAUGGGCGGCAGCGGUGGCAUGGGCGGCAGUGGGUGGGAGGCACCACAGGUCGGGCCUAUCGGCGCUGGUCGCACCGACAUAGGCAUCAAUUCUGUAGCAGGCGGAGGGGCAGCGGGCGGAGGGGCAGCAGGCGGUAGUGCUGGUGGUGAUGGUGAUGCCGUUGAUGCUGCUGCCAGCAGUGAGACAGGCGACAGUGGUCUGACUGCUGAAUCAAGGCCAAGUGAAGAGGCGAGUGAUGUCCCCCUCUCCUCCCACUCAACCCCUCAAGAUAACAGCCUAGGGCGAGGGCAGCUCACCCCUCCUGCUGCGGGCUCUGCAGUCCCGGUGUUGCAAGGGCUCGCUCUGGCGUCGCUGCCGCCUCCCUCUGAUGUACCAUCGCCCGCAGCACCCUCGGUAUCAGCAGGAGCGGCAUCGUCAGCAGCAUUGGCAUCAUUCGCAGCGGCAGUACCUUCAGAACCACUCGCAUCACAAUCCCCGAACUCCACAGCGCCACCAGUCUCCCUAUCUCCCCCCUCCCUUUCACCACCGUCCCUACCAGCCCCCGAAGCAUCAUUGCCAGCAGAAGCAGCAGUGGCAACAUCAGCAGCACAAGUAACUUCAACAUCGUCAUUAACAGCACCACCCAUAACGUCAUCAGUACCUUCCCAAUGCACAUCCCCCUCCUCCCCAUCCUCUCCCUCCACCCCCAUGGGCUCCCUCUACAUACCCAUGGCUACCAUCCCUGGAUGGAAAGACCCUCCCACUCCAUAUGAUGCCCCCUUGGCCAAUGCCAGCCUGGCGGCGGACGUGGCGGCUGUCGUGGUGUCUGACGCGGCGGCUGAUCUGGUGGCUGACGUGGCGAAGAGCGGGGGCAUUCCCAGCGAGCCCCUGCUGGGGUCUGCUUGGAGCCCUGGCGGCAGGAAGUAUCUCCUGGUGCUCUGCUCCACCGGCGGGAUGUCCAACCACCUCUUCUGUCUGCGCGAGUUUGCUCUGCUGGCAGGAGCGCUCAACAGAACGCUCGUUGUGCCCAUGGGGCGAGAUGAGCUCAGCAUGCCCCUGUCCCUCGUGUUCGACCUGCCCUUCCUGCGUGCCUGCUACGGCCCCAAGACGGCCCUCACUCUCGACGAGUACAAGCAAUAUGUGGGCAAGGGCAGUCUGGAGGUGACCCACGUGGUGUGCCUUGUGCGGGGAUGCCACAUCGAGCCAGACGCUGCGGCACUCAGCACCCAAUUCACUGCCAACAAGGGCCGCAUCAACCUGAAGAACGUGACAGUGCCUGCUGUCGGGCAGUGGACGUGGUCUGGCCUGCCGGAAAAACACACUCUUCAUGAUUUUCUCAAAGUUUACAGCGGAGUGGGCAAUGGAGUCCUCAUGAUGGGCGAGUUCAAGAAGCAACCCAUCACGGACUCCGUAUUCUUCCACAUGCUUUCCCCCAUGGACCUGCCGUUCCUGCUGCCGCCAGCACUGGGCAAGCAGAGGGGGAGGGCCAAACUUGGGAAGAUGGUGGUGCCGCGGGAAACGUGCCUUGCGUCCCCCGCCAUCCGGCCCCCUCAGCCGCUGGUAGCAGCAGCGUGGCACAUAGUGCAGAGCUAUCUGCUCAGCGGGCGAUUCCUGGCAGUGCACUUCAGACGGGGCGACUUCAAGGACUACUGCCAGAAGAAGCACCCAUCGGACGGCUGCUUCCUCCCGGUAGCGCAGGCAUCGCAGUGCGUGCGCACUGCCGCCAUCACUGCGGGGGUGUCCCUCGUGUUCCUCGCCACUAACGCCCAGACGCACGAGGUCCAGGAGAUGAGAGCGGUGCUCGAGGGGCAACUGCAGGGUCAACUGCAGGGGCAUGGUGAUGAGGCACAACCGCAAGGACCAAGCAAGGCGCCUCGUGUGGAGCAACAAGCGCAGCACGAGCAGCCAUCCAGUGUUGAAUCGCAACCGUUGGAUCUGCAACCCCAGCCAUCGGAUGUGCGAUCCCAGCCGUCCAUGCCGGUCAUUGCGCGCCGCAUGCUGCAUCAUGAUGUAGACAGUUCCAACACUCCUUCUGCAGACAAACUUUUAGAUCCCACCGUCAACAGCAGCAGCACUGCUACUGGCAGCAGCAGUGCAGUGCAGCUUGUGACUCUAUCGCAUCUGCUCUCUAAAGAGGACAACAGCACCUGGCUUCAGUCGCUUACGAAGAACGGCAUCGACCUCAAGACCACCCCUCAGGCAGUAGCCACCCUGGAGAAGCUGCUCUGUGCGCUGGCAAUGGGGUUUCUGGGCACGCCCCACUCCACGUUCACCAAGGAUAUCGUGCGGCUGAGACACGGGUUCCGCACGGCAAGGUGUGGCGACGACUAUGUGUGCAGUGCUGGGCCUGAAUGAGGAGAGGCCAUCUUUUUUAUACACCCCCCACUCCACGCUCACAAAAGAUGUCGUGCGGCUGAGGCAUGGGUUUUGCGGCUGAGGAUGGUUAUGUAUGCAGUGCUGGGCCCAGAGAGUAAAGGGGUAACGGUCCUCACACUCCACCUUGACCAGUGGCACAGUGUGGGUGAAACAUGGGUUCUCACGAGGCUUCCAUCCACCCAUGCUCCACUGCUCAAAUCGGCUUCGGUGAUAAAGCUGUGCUCUCAAGAGACAUGGUGGUUGUUUUCACAUGUGGAGCGGAGCAUUGGCGGUUUGUAUGGAGGGUGAAGAAAGAGAGGCAGCUAAACACAUCCAUUUUGCAUCUAAACACUCUGUUACAUUAUUAUUAUUCUGUGGCUAUUUGUCC